GAGCCGCUGCCGUCGCCAUGACCCGCGGUAACCAGCGAGAGCUCGCCCGCCAGAAGAACAUGAAGAAGCAGAGCGACUCGGUUAAGGGGAAGCGCCGAGAUGAUGGGCUUUCUGCUGCCGCCCGCAAGCAGAGGGACUCGGAGAUCAUGCAGCAGAAGCAGAAAAAGGCAAACGAGAAGAAGGAGGAACCCAAGUAGCUUUGUGGCUUCGUGUCCAACCCUCUUGCCCUACGCCUGUGUGCCUGGAGCCAGUCCCACCAUGCUCGAGUUUCUUCCUGUAGUGCUCACAGGUCCCAGCACCGAUGGCAUUUCCUUUGCCCUGAGUCUGCAGCGGGUUCCUUUUGUGCUUCCUUCCCCUCAGGUAGCCUCUCUCCCCUUGGGCCACUCCUGGGGGUGAGGGGUUACCCCUUCCCAGUGUUUUUUAUUCCUGUGGGGCACACCCCAAAGUAUUAAAAGUAACUUUGUAAUUAAAAAAAAAAAAAAAAAAAAAAAA